AUGGGAGUAUUCAGUGUCGAAUUACUAUAUGCAUUACCUAUCAUAUUGACACCUUUCACGUUUGGUUUUAUUAUUGGAUACACAUCUCCAGCUUUACCUUAUUAUGAAGAUAAAUGGAAUAUUUCUUCAAUACAAUCCACGUUUUUUAAUGCAAUCACAGCUUUGUUUGCAUGCGUUGGACCAUACCUAACAACAUUCUUACUCAAAUUCUUCGGCAGAAGAGUUGUGAUCGUAAUCAUCGAUAUCAUUAACAUUAUUUCAUGGGCAUGCUUGUUCGCAUUAAGCAAAAAGAUCUUUUGGUUCGGAAUUAUUAUCAGAGCUCUCCAAGGAAUCAUAUUAGGAGCAUGUACAGCUAUUGGCCCACUUUACUUAGUUGAAAUCACUCCACCAAGUUAUGUUGAAUUCUACGGAACAUUAAAUCAGCUUUGCAUCGUUAUCGGAAUUGUUAUCUUGUAUAUCAUUGGCCAAUAUUAUCAUCCAUGGGUUCUUCAUAUUUUGGCCAUAGUUACAUCAGUUAUACAAAUUACAUUUAUCUGGUUUGUUCCAGAAACAUCUCCUUUAUAUGACAAGACAGCUUCAUCAACAGAAAAGGAAUCAAGUGAUGAAGAUAAAGGAGAUAUCAAAGAAUCAAUCUUUGAUAAAGCCUAUAUUAAGAAGGUUUUCAUUAUGAUCGCAGUUAUGGCAUCUCAACAACUUUCAGGUGCAAAUGCCAUGAUUACAAACUUAAGUUCCUUGUUCGAAUCUGCUCAUGUUCCACAUCCAUCUGGUCUUGCAGCUGCAAUUACAAUGUUUGCUCAAGCUUUGGCUUGCAUUGCUGCUGCAGCUAUUACAGGAAAGAUCAAGAGAAGGAUCAUGUGGUUAAUGUCAACCAUUACAUGUUUCAUUUCUCUAUUUGUAUAUGCUUUGAACCAAAAGUUUAAUUGGAGUUCCACUCUCUCCAUUGUUCUUCAGUUCUUAUACCAGUUUGGAUUCGGUAUUGCAUUGUCACCAAUGCCAUGGUAUUCAUCCCCAGAAAUGUUCCCACCAGCAUUAAGGCCAAUGGCUUCUUCAAUCAACUCUAUGACAAGCUGGCUUUGCGCUUUCAUCAUUAUCUUCGUUUAUCCACAGAUGAAGGAUCAUAUUGGUGAUUUUGGCGCUUUCCUUAUAUUUUCUGCAGAUGCUUUAUUUGCAAUAAUAUUUGGAUCAAUCGUUAUAAAUGAGCCUUCUAAAGAUGAUGAAAAUCUUGAUGACAAUAAUGAUAAUAUUGACAACAAGAGUAGGUGA